ACACGGUCAACUGUCACAGAGCUCGCUGCUGUUCAGGACAUUUCUGGUCCUUCCUGCAUCUUUGCAAAAAGGAGAUCCCACCACCCCUGAAAAAGAGAUGCCUAAAAGACAGUACCUGCCCCAGGGAAGAGGCUCCUCUGUGCAGCACACCAGAGAGACCAGGCAAAAGAUGAGCAGUCCAAGAAGCAACUAAUAGCAACAGCAAAGUCACCCAUUAGCCAAGAAAUCCUACAUCUCGAUCCAGUACCGAAUCAGCCAUCAACUCCUGAGAUCAGCGAUGCUACCAUUAGAACAGUAUUCUGCUGACCACCCAACAUUUUGGAAAGGCAAUGCUGAUCAACUGUUUGCUGCUCUUGAAUCAAGGGCCUGCCUGGACCUCACAAGCAACAUUCAGGCAUACUGGAAGCGUGAUGUCUCACUCGACUGCAAGGCUGAGAAAACUGAGGGUAAGCCGAGUGCAAAGGUGAUGCAGCUGUAUGACAUGCUCCAGUACACACUGCAAGAGUCAGGACUGCCAGAGACUGUUGACCAUAGCAAUGAGCCAAGAACAGGUCACACUCCCUCUGACCUUGCCAUCUGUGUCUUAGGCUCUCCAGCCCAUUACAUGUCUGUUCUUCUGGAAGGAGGAAGGCAGUGUCCAGGGGAUAUGAUGCUCUGCCUUUCACCAUCUUGGCUGUCUAAAGUUCCCUCAGAUGUUCACUCUGGACUCUUCACUCUGCAACUAAACAAGGCAGUUACCUUUGAUCUGACUGGACGCACCUACAUUGAUGAAUUCUCUCCACCUCGCCAAGUGACCUACUUCCUGGGAUCUGGUGAUGCAGGAGUCUGUGAGGAAUUGGAUCGAGACCUGGAGUGUCCCAGAGGGAGCUCCACAAAACUGAGCCAUCUUAUCACUGAUAAGCUGUUUACCAGGGUAAUUUUGGACAGAAAGCAAAUUAGGGUCCCUGAGACACUUGCUUUUGUCUACAAGCCCUCACAUACAUACGAUACUGCAACGAAGUCAGUAAGAGUAAUACAACUCAGCAACACAGAAGGACAGGAUGACUUCCUACAAAAAGAAAUCAAUCAGUUUUUGGAAUCAGAAACCAUGGAGCCAUACUACAAGGUUGUAGUGAACCCCUCUGGAUGGAGAUGGAGUGGGGCCCAUGCGGUGACUUUCCACCUCAAAUCUGACAAGAUGGCAGUGCUCCAGGCUACAAAGACCUUGCUGGAAAAAUUAAAGGAAGAUGAGAGUGUCCUCAUUGAAGCAUUCUGCCCAGCAAUGCGCUCAAUCACACCAAUACAGCUUGAGAACUAUGAAGACUUUGGACGCGGUAAAAUUCCUAGGCCUGUACUUACCUUCCGCAUCUGCACAGUGGUUUGCAGGACACCUGAAGACCGGCCUCUUCUUACCAAGCUGGUCUGCGGUGUUGGACGUGCUGACAAACCUUUGCAGCACAAAACAUUUAUUCCACAGACCCUUGAUACAACUUUGCAAGAGUGGGGUGUGACAGAUAAGGACCAGCGUGACCGCAUCUACCUUCAGGUGAAGGAGAAGGCUGAGGCUUGCCUGAAAGCCAUCAUGGAGAUGGAAGCAAAGCUUUCCUCAGAGCAAAGAGGAGGUCACAGAGCUCAGACUGAUAUGAUAGGAGUAGACCUUCUGCUAACCAGCAGCAACCAAGUCGUGACACCAGUGGUGCUGAAACUCAACACACACUUGUGCUCAGAGAGUGGUGCUGUCUUUGAAUUCAUGAAUCGCCACACAAUGGGUGAAUCAGCUCGUUUGCUUGUUCAGACAAUGGUCAAACGUUCUCAGUGUUAUCUCAUGGAUGGCAAGAACAUUGCGAUAAUUGGGGGUGGUGCAGUCAGCAAAAUGUUUGUCUAUGAGUCAGCAAAAGACUAUGGCAUAAAGAUUCACCUUGUAGACCCUGACUCCAACCACUAUGCAGUAAAGAUGGUAGAAAGCUUCAUUCAUUAUGACUUCAUUGACCAUAAGCGUGAUGAAGAACAUGCUCAGAAGAUUGUGGAAUUGCUGAAGGAACGAGGGCUGAAACUAGAUGGUUGCAUCUCCUUUUGGGAUGACUGUAUUGUUUUAACUGCCAUGGUAUGUGAAAUGCUAGGUCUGCGUACCAAUCCUGUGAGUGCUAUGGAGAUUGCUAAGCAAAAGAGCAAAACACACCUCCACCUGAUUCAGAAAUGCAGAGAGAUUCCUCAUUGGCCUCCCACCUACCUGUAUGCUGUACCAUGUUGUCACCUGGAGAGCCAUGCUGACAUAGACAAAGCUGCUCAGUUUAUGAACUUUCCUGCUGUGAUGAAGCUAGAGUAUGGUGCUGGGGCAGUGGGAGUUAAAAUGGUGGAAAACCUUGAACAGUGCCAUCAGCAUUUUGAGAAGAUAUCUAAUGACCUACGGGAGGACACAGACUAUCCAGGAAUAGGCCUUGGUUGGGGGAAUACAAUGCUGCUGAUGGAAUAUAUUGAUGGCACUGAACAUGAUGUUGACAUCAUAAUCUAUGAUGGAAAAAUGAUUGCGUACUUUGUUUCUGACAAUGGCCCUACUCGCAUCCCUUACUUCACUGAAACUGCAGCGACUAUGCCAUCUUACCUUAAGCUAGAUAAGCAAGCUCAACUUGUCACUGCAGCUUAUCAGUGCUGUGUAGGCUGUGGGCUCACAAAUGGUGUCUUUAACACUGAGAUGAAGAUGACCCCAACAGGGCCUAAACUAAUAGAGAUCAAUGCUCGAAUGGGUGGCUUUUAUCUUCGGGAUUGGAUCAAGACAAUCUACAGUGUUGACAUUAUGUUUUCAGCUUUUAUGAUUGCCUGCAGCAUACGCCCUAUCAUUCACUGCAGUGAGCCUCUCUGCCACCUGAUAGGAGUGAUGUGUGUUGUCUCACAGCACCUUAAAGCGCUGAAGACUACAGCCAGCUCUGAAGUUUUGAGAAUGCUGCAUGACCAAGGGGUGAUUCGACUUAACCAGUUGGAGGAUGAAAUAAUUUCAAGUGAGUAUGAAGAGCCAUACUGUAAUGUAGCAUGUAUGAGCAAGGACCGAGAAAAGGCUCGCCUCCAGCUUAUCAGCAUAUGCCAAAUUCUGGGCAUUGACUCUACUGAUUAUCCAGUAACUUACUUCCUAUCUGAUUUCAAGUAACUAUUCAUUUCUUAUGAAGGCAAGAAUCUGUGGAAGAAAGCAACUAUAAAAUUCUCACUGAUGUCAGUCUGAUUUAAAUAUUUCUGAAAAUGAUUAUGGUAGAAAAGGACCACUGGUUUAAAACCCUAGCAAAGUUGGCAUUUUUUUAUAUAGUUCUCUAACCCACACUGUGCAUGUAUAUACUUAUUCUUACCCAAGUACAGCCACAUUUUUUCAGCAAACAAGCAUGUCAGUCUAUCCCACACAUAACUGUAACCACUGAUAUUUUACAUGUGCUCAUUGCACUAGCUGUCCCAUUGCUUCCAGGUCCUACCACUUUUCUUUGAAAUCAGAUUAUUUGAUUUUCUUCAUAACCCUUCAAUAUCAUUUUUUUUAUCUUGCUGAUAUUCUUAAAAUCAGUAAAAUACAUUCAGGACCUCAGAUGCCUAGCCAUUUGAUAAAAUGAAAACAGUUGUCCCUGAUCAAUCAUUGAAUUCUUAAAAGGCUAAACUACAAACUGUAUAUGCAUCUUAAAUGUCCAUAUGAAGAAACAGUGGUGUCAUUUGUCUUAUCCAUAUGAUUCAUGUAGCUCAGGCAUCUGUUGAAGCUGGUAUGGGAGGCUAGGUGUGCACAUCCUGGGUAGAGGGGAGGUUGACUGGGCCAUCCAACUCCACAAUCCCUCAAAGGAGGGGUGGUGAUGCAAAGGAAGUCUAGUGUAGACUUUAGGUCAUCUUUACAGUAGCCUUAACUGCUGGUAUAUGGGAACAUGCACUUGCACAAAGAGGACAUAGUGAACCCCGUGAUCUUGCAAGUCAUAUGAUCCCUGCCAAGGAAUAUGGUUAGGGCUUUAAAAAUGCCCUCAUUGCUGAAUGCUGGUGAGGGCAUAAAAUAAUUCUCAUGGUUGACUCAAUUAUGUUCACAUCAUGGAUUGGUUCUGCCCUAGUGAUGGGGAAUGAAUGGGAAGUUGUGGUGACUUGAUAACAUAGGGACAUAAAAGCAUACAAAAAAAACAGACUGGAUAUUCCUUUAGCACACUGAGACUUGCCUUCAUCACCAGUCAACCCAGGACUUAGGUCUGUUAAUGGAAAUACUGCCAUAACUGAUUGCUUUAGGUCAUCAGCGUUAUUCACCUCUCCACUGUUACACAAAGAUUUGCUGAUUCACAGCUGUCACAUAAAUUAGCACCAAGUACUCCUUCUGACUAUAUAAUUGUUCUAUUAUAAAAUUUGUUUGGCGUGACAAACCAGCAACAGUAUGCUGAGUAAUACUCUUUUAUAUGGAUUAUUUAAUAUCACAUCCCAAAAAAAGUUUUACAGCUUAAUUCUUUGGAUGAGAAGUGAGAGCCAUGGAUUUCUGGCUGUGCACCCACGCUACACAUGCACAGCUAUUCUACUCCUUGCACUCCCAGAAAGAGAAUCAUAUAAUUCUGGUACCACUCUGAACUUUAUCUCUGUAUAUUUACUGAAUUUCCACACAUUAACAGAAACCCUUUUCAUUAAGAUGCUUAAUAUCCUAUGUCCACACUUGAUAAAUCCUGCAAAUGCAAAAUGUUUCUUACUCUGCAAAUCGAAACUUUUCUGCAGCUGUUGAAUCCAAGUCUCAGAGAUGGGACUCCCAAAAUAUAACAAUCAUGAUCACUUCCUUGACACUAUUGUAUAUGGUACAUAUUCUCAAGUUAGAUUAAACUGCAGUCAAGGUCAACAUAGAAUAGUUCCAGCGUCUAGACUACAACUUGAUAUAGUACAAAUCCACAGCUGUUCACUCACUGUAGUCAAGCCACAUUAAGGUCUCACUGUCAGGCAGAGUUAAAUUCUAAUCUGAGAUAGGGGAGUAAUCGAGCAUGGUAAUCACCUAAUAUUGCUACUCAUAUCGUGUUACACUACCUCUGAAGUUGCAACUAACAUUAAUAUCCGCAUGAAGUUACUCCCUAAUAAAGUCAGUGCUACUAUAACUGUCCACAUGAUAUUAUCUAUCCCUGAAGUUACUGCUUACAUUAUUGCCCAUAUCAAGUUACACCCUGCUGAAGUCACAUAUAGUGAGGUCACUUGACAUUUACAUCAUAUGAACAGCAAUCCUAACAUUACACUUUAUGUGAUGUUACCCCUCAGUGAAGUCACUGCUAAUACUGCUGUCCAUUGAUGAUCAGAUCCCAGUGAAGCCACACUCAUCAGUGACCUAACACUACUGCCCUCAUAAUGUCACAAGCCAGUGAGGUCACUGCUAACACUCAUGGUCAUAAGUCAAACCUUACUGAAAUCACUGCAAAAAUUACUGUCCCUAUGAUGUCACUUCCCAGCAGAGAGACUGUUAGCAUUGCUGCCAACAUAACUGUCACACCCCACUGAAACCACUGCUGAUCCUCCUUUUACAGGUUUUAAUCUGAAGUAGGCACUCAACAACAAGUUGUUAAAUCAAAAUUAAAAGAGCACAAUUAAUUCAGAAACUACACAUUGUGUGACAGAUUUGAGGACAGAGGCUAAAGAAGGCUGGGUCUAUAACUUUAUGAUUUAAAACUCUGUUCCUUUAUUAUAUAGCUUGAGAACACAGAAUGUUUCUUUCAUAUUCUCAUAAAAUGUCACUUCAGGGAAUGGUGCCUCAAUGUUAGAUUUCUUUCUGCAUCUCAGGAACUGCAGUAAUGAGGUUGAAGGGAAUGAGAUCAGGGCUUUAGCAGGCCACAUCAAUACCAGUGUCUGCUUUGCCAAAUACUGUGUAACAAAAUUCUGCCUGAUUACAUUUUGUUUUCAGCCUGAUUGAGGCUAUUCAGUUUGCUACUUGAAGGAAGGCAGAGUAACACUCUUACUUAAUGAUACCCAGACACACACACGCACGCACAUGCACGCACAUGCAUGCACACGCACACACACGCACACAGACACACACACACAGAC